AUGGGCAGUGGUGCGUCUGUGAAUACUGACCAGGAGAGGGGGGGCGUCCGGGAGAACCGAGGAGACGCGAAGCAGGACGAGAGCCGUGUGGAAACAAGCGAGGCCCGAGAGGAGGAGAGGAAGCGGCAAACACCAGAGAGGAUGAAGGAGGUGAAGGAGGUGAAGGAGGAAGAGGAGGAAGAGGAGGGGAUGGAAGAGGUGAAGAGGCAGGAUGAGGCGAGAGUUGAGGAGGUGAAGGGGGAGACAGCGGAGGAGCAGAGGAACCCUCAGACCCCCCAGAGCACCAGGCCUGGACCCCGCAGUUCCAGCCCCGCGGCCCACAGCGACGACACGGUGAAGGCUGAGUCUCCAGACUGUCAUGUGUUGGACGUCCAGUCUCUGAAGAGCCAAGAAACAAACUUAAAAACCAGCGAUGAUUGUGAAGACCUGGAGACCGAAGAGAAGACCUCAGAGGGUCCUCAGGCUGCUGCACAGGACAUUGAGAAUGAAGAGCUGUCGUUGGUUUUUGAGAGUUUCCUCCACAACAACGGGAUGCUUUACAGCUGCUUCAAUCACCACGGCAACAGGGUCUACGUGGACGAGACUCAGAAGCUGCAGUCGUUUCCUCAGGAGUGGCACAGUCAGGGACACUUCAUAUCCCCCGGCUCCGAGGGCUUCCUGCAGCAGCGCAGCAGCUCAGAUCUCAGAGAUGACGACCGCAGCAGCAGCACUCACUUGCAGGGCAGAGGCACCGUCACCACCUACUGGUUCGAGGAGCGGGUGAACGUCUGCCGCUUCUGGGACCCUCAGGCCGGAAUCUGGCUCCUCCUGCCGCUGCAAUGGGAACUUAACCUGGACUUUGUCCAGAAGGUCAUGGCUGCUCUGCCGGGGCUGGUGGACCAGAAGGAGAUCGCAGCUGCUCUCAGACUCUGUAACUACGACUCAGAAGAGGUGGUCUCUGUGUAUCUGACUCUGUUUGGAGAAAUCCUGCUGCAGCCGGCUCCCAAAGACUUCACCGACCUCAGCUCAUUCGGAGCUCUGCUGGAGAGGGACCGUGUGAUCGAGACCCUGAGGCGUGAUCUUCAGACCAAAGAGAAGGAGGUGGAGGCUCUGAUCCAGAGGAACAGUUACCUGAAGAAAGAAGCCCGUUACCAUGGAGACGUGAUCCAGCACCUGAACCACAGACUGGCCGAGCUGGAGGCCGACCAGCAGGGGGCGCAGCAGAGGAUUCGCUCCCUGCUCAGCCACAGAGCUCCCGCCAUCCCCGCCCUCAAAGCCAGCCCUAAACCCGCUGUGGACCCGGUUCUGAUGAAGCAGGUCUGUACUCUGACCCGAGAGCUGAAAGUGUGGACCAUGCAGCUGCGCUCCACGGUUCUGCAGACCAUGAAGGACCUGAGGAACCAGCUGCAGGAGGUCAGGGAGGCGGCGGAGAGCAGGAGCCAGCAGGAGGAGCUGGCCCUGGGGCAGGUGCAGGAGCUCAGGGCCCUGUACCAGAGAGAGGCCACAGAGAGGAAGAGUCUCUACAACAAGGUGAUGGAGCUGCAGGGGAACAUCCGGGUGUUCUGCCGCUGUCGCUGGACCAGCAGGAGCGAGCGCUGUCUGGAGGAGAGCCCCGACCAACAGGAAGUGGCUGUGAUCCAGAAAGGAAACAGGAAGAAGCUUCAGUUUGACAAGGUGUACGGCUGCAGCAGCACACAGGAGGAGGUGUUUGCCGGGACUCUGCCGGUGAUCCGCUCCUGUGUCGAUGGAUACAACGUCUGUAUUUUGGCUUAUGGUCAAACUGGAUCUGGCAAAACUUACACCAUGAUGGGGACCAAGGAGCAGCCGGGGGUCAACAUCAGGUCAAUACCGGAACUGCUGCGGAUAUGUGCCGAGAGGGAGAAGGUGUCAUAUACUUUAAAGAUGUCGAUGUUGGAGAUCUACAAUGAGACUCUGAACGACCUUCUGACCCCUGGCUCGUCUCUGGAUCUGCGGGUCCAGGGGAAGUCUGUGUCGGUCCCAGGUCUGACCCAAGUUCAAGUCCAGACCGAGGCCGACAUCCUCAGCACCAUGGAAACGGGAGAGAAGAACCGCAAGAUCGCUGCCACCCAGAUGAACACGCAGAGUUCUCGCUCUCACCUGGUGGUGGCGUUGGAGGUGGAGGGUUCAGAUGCAGUGUCAGGACUGACCUCUAGGGGCGCUCUGACUCUGUGUGACCUGGCAGGAUCAGAGAGAAUCUCCAAGACUGAGGCCACUGGACAGAGACUGGUGGAGGCUGCAGCUAUCAACCGCUCUCUCACUGCACUGGGACAGGUCUUCAGUGCUUUAAAGUGUAACUCGCUCCACGUCCCGUUCAGAAACUCCAAACUCACUCGGCUCCUGCAGCCGGCGCUCAGUGGAGACGCAAAGUGUUGUGUGUUCGUAAACGUCAGCCCAGAUGUGGAGGAUGUCACUGAGACCCUGAGUUCUCUACAGUUUGGAUCCAGCGUUCGACAGGUUUCACUGGGGAAGGCCUCACAAAACAUCACCCCCACCAGGACCAAGAACCAGAAGAACUGA